CCCUCAUUCUCCACCACAUUGUUCUCCUCCGCCGCCGCCGGCUCUUCCUUCCUUGAAUCCGUUUGUUUUUCCACCGCUAUGGCGACCAGUAGGAAACGAAGUCGUCGGAUCCGAUCAGAGCCAAACCCUCCUCCUUCCAUGAUCAGCAAAAUCGGAGAUGAUAUCCUAUUAGAGAUUCUCAUUCGCCUCCCGAACCCUAGAUCCGCCUGUCGCUGCAAAGCCGUCUGCAACCACUGGAGGUCCUUGAUCUCCGACAACCGCUUCAAUCGCCGGUUUGUUUCUCACCACCAGACUCUGCACAAACAGCAGACUCUGCCCCUUCACAUGAACGACGCCACUGACCAGCAAUCAGUCGUCAUGAGCUUUCUCCCGCCCAUGCCUGAUAGAGUUCGAGAGUGUUUCAAAGUCUUGGAUUGCUUCAAGGACAUGCUUUUAUGUGGGUUUAGGGAUGUUAAUGAGGCAAAUGAUGAAAUCGGGAGAUCGUACGUGGUCUGCAAUCCGUUUACCAAGCAAUGGAUGGCUCUUCCUUUAGCUCCUGAGAAGCCAGAGGAUUAUGCUGCCUCGGUUACAAGAAGUUACUCCUAUUUGCAAUCUUCAAAGUGCAAUAUGUAUUCUGAUGAGAGAUCGGUUGGACAAAAUUACGAUGUUCCUCAAUAAGGAGAAGACUGAAUCACGUUUUGAAGAGUUUAACAAGCUCGCUGAAGAGCUGAAGAGUUUAACAAGCUCGCUGAAGAGUUGAUCGGGUUGAAUAAAUAAAUAUUUCCUCGCCCUGGAUGCUUGCUCUUUCAUUGACAUGUUGUUUUCUAGGGUUUCAUAUUGGGGUUGUAUAUUUAUCUUGGCAAGAUGAGAAAUUUAACGGAUUAGAAAAACUAGCACUGGGCUUGGUCCGUUGCCAGGGAGUUUAGACCCGGAAACUACAUUUCAUUUAUAUGAUAGAUGCCCAAAAAUGUGUGUAACAUAUAUAUAUAUAUAUAUAUUUUUUAACUUUUAGUUAUGUGAGUUCUGUGGUAAGAGUAUUUUGUGCUAAGUUGUGAUUUAAUCGUGAU